GGACUUCCCACUGGGAACGCACGUCCACCAGCAGGAAGAACCUCGAAAGAAACCCUUGGAUCUCUCAUCGAGAUCAUCCAAAAAGAAGAAAGGGAAUUUUGGCAUCCGUGGUCCUUAGCACGACCCUGCAGAGAUGCCUCCUCAGCUCCAAAACGGCCUCAACUUCUCAGCCAAAGUCAUCCAGGGCACCCUAGACAGCCUGCCCCAGGCGGUAAGAGCAUUCGUGGAGAGCAACGUCAGGCUGUGCCAGCCUGAGCAUAUCCACAUCUGUGAUGGCUCCGAGCGGGAGAACCAGCAGCUGCUGGACCAAAUGGAAGGAGAGGGCAUGAUCAAGAGGCUGCAGAAGCUCAACAACUGCUGGUUGGCUCUCACUGACCCCAGGGAUGUGGCCAGAAUUGAAAGCAAGACAGUCAUCAUUACCCAAGAGCAAAGAGAUACCAUGCCCAUCCCCAAAACUGGCCUCAGCCAACUAGGUCGCUGGAUGUCAGAGGAGGACUUUGAGAAAGCGUUCAAAGCCCGAUUUCCAGGGUGCAUGAAAGGUCGCACCAUGUACGUGAUCCCAUUCAGCAUGGGGCCCCUGGGCUCACCGCUGUCGAAGAUCGGCAUCGAGCUGACGGAUUCACCCUACGUGGUGACCAGCAUGCGCAUCAUGACGCGGAUGGGCACAGCUGUCCUGGAAGCGCUGGAGGAUGGGGAAUUCGUCAAGUGCCUCCAUUCUGUGGGAUGCCCUUUACCUUUAAAAAAGCCUUUGGUGAACAACUGGCCGUGUAACCCAGAGCUGACACUCAUUGCGCACCUGCCCGACCGCAGGGAAAUCAUCUCCUUUGGGAGUGGGUACGGCGGGAACUCGCUCCUUGGGAAGAAGUGCUUUGCCCUCAGGAUGGCCAGCCGGCUGGCUAAGGAAGAGGGUUGGCUGGCAGAACACAUGCUGAUCCUGGGCAUAACCAACCCCAAGGGCCAGAAGAAGUACUUCGCAGCAGCCUUUCCCAGUGCCUGUGGCAAGACCAACCUGGCCAUGAUGAACCCCAGCCUCCCUGGGUGGAAAAUAGAGUGUGUGGGUGAUGACAUCGCCUGGAUGAAGUUUGACCAACAAGGUAACUUAAGGGCUAUCAACCCAGAAAAUGGCUUUUUUGGUGUGGCUCCCGGAACCUCUGUGAAGACCAACCCCAACGCCAUCAAGACCAUCCAGAAGAAUACCAUCUUCACCAAUGUGGCCGAGACCAGUGAUGGGGGCAUUUACUGGGAAGGUAUCGACCAGGCGCUAGCCCCGGGCAUCAGGAUCACUUCGUGGAAGAAUAAGGAGUGGACCCCCCGGGAUGGGGAACCUUGUGCCCAUCCCAACUCACGCUUCUGCACGCCUGCCAGCCAGUGCCCCAUCAUCGACCCCGCCUGGGAGUCUCCGGAAGGGGUGCCCAUUGAGGGCAUCAUCUUUGGGGGCCGCCGACCUGCUGGUGUUCCCCUGGUCUAUGAAGCUCUCAGUUGGCAACACGGAGUUUUUGUGGGGGCGGCCAUGCGAUCAGAGGCCACAGCGGCUGCAGAACACCAAGGCAAGGUCAUCAUGCACGACCCCUUUGCCAUGCGGCCCUUCUUUGGCUACAACUUUGGCAAAUACCUGGCCCACUGGCUCAGCAUGGCCCAGCGCCCAGCAGCCAAGCUGCCCAAGAUCUUCCAUGUCAACUGGUUCCGGAAAGACAAGGAAGGCAAAUUCCUCUGGCCAGGCUUUGGUGAGAACUCCAGGGUGCUAGAGUGGAUGUUCAACCGCAUCAGUGGGGAAGCCAGUGCCAAGCUCACGCCCAUCGGCUACGUCCCCGAGGAAGGGGCCCUGAACCUGACAGGCCUGGGGGACAUCAACACGAAGGAGCUCUUCCACCUCUCCAAGGAGUUCUGGGAGAAGGAGGUGGAAGACAUCCAGAAGUACCUAGAGGAGCAGGUUAACACCGAUCUCCCCUGUGAAAUCGAGAGAGAGGUCCUUGCCCUGAAGCAAAGGAUCAGCCAGAUGUAAUCAGACCCAAGGGCUUCACCUGUGAAAUCACCCCCUCUCCAGUCCAUGAGAGGUGCCGGGAGCAAGAGCGGGUGGGACGUCCUGAACCAACACCACCCAUCCUACCGCAAUGACCACACUGAUGAGCAGAUUCAGGUUUCAGAUAAGACCACAGAGUACAGGCUAGUAACUGUGAGAUCAGGGAGGGAAAUCUUAGCAUGUCUCCAAAAAUCACUCUCCAGUGCACAUUUGUUCAACCCCGAGGACACUGUGCAUUAGGCUUUCCUGUUUUUUGUAUUUUGUUUUUUGUUUUUUUGUUUUUAUCACUGUAGCUCUAUCAGUUAGCUGGAAUGCACCGAUAAAAUACUUGAGCUGUGUAGAUGGGUACGUGAGUGUGCACGCGCGUGUGUGUCUGUAUUUCUUGUCUAAGAUGUAUAUAAUACCUUUGGAAAAAUCUUGGGCAAGAUUCUCUACUAGUUGUUGCUAGAAAGAAAUGUUGCUUUAUUAUUAAUAUGUGUGUUUAAAUUAUUUUUAUACACCCUUGUUACUUACCUUGACGUAAUUCCAAUUUUUUUCCCUAACUCUUCUUGGAAAAAUUACAAAAUAAACUUUUGUAGAAAAGA